GCCACACUCGCUGGCGUCGAAAAUUGUAAUUGUUUUUUUUUUCCGGCAUUAGCAUUAAGUUUAAAGUUUAAAAUUAGUAUGACGACGUGGGGCAAUAUUUGCAGAAUCUGCAGCAGCCCCGCAGACUAUGAGAUUUUUGCCAAGAUUCCCAUUUACUUGCAUGGCUCCACAAACGAGUUUCUCAACUGGCAGAAGCCCAUAAGCAUUCUGCUUGAGGAGACGACGGGCCUGAAAAAUUCCACGGACGACGGCCUGCCGCGCAACAUAUGUGCUCCGUGCAUCUCGUAUCUUAAGCAUGCCGUCACAUUCCGGGAGCAGUGCAUCAAGAAUGCCCUGAGUCUGAAGCUGGCGGAGCUCUACCAGCAGAAGAGGGUCAACAUCUCUGAUGCGAACAAGAUUGACAAAGAGAGCGCCCUCUUUACGGCGGAGGAUCUGCGCUUCGUGGAGCAGCGACCCGUGCACAAUCUGCUCCUGAACAACAGCUCCAAGGUGGAAGCCUCCAAGGACAAGGUGCACAAACGGCUGCUCAACCAGACGGCUCCUCAACUGGACGGUGGCUCUGAGCACAGGAUCCAGUACCUCAACGUACUGUUUAACAAGCAGCAACAUCACAAUACCUUGCCAAGGCAUUCGCGGGAUGCGGAACUGCCAACGAGCAGUGGCCAAAACGAAGACGAGGAAUAUGACUAUGCCGUGGCCAGUUCCAGUGACGACAACGAGGAGGCCGCCCUGCUGCGCAAACACAAGAACUGCUACAACUACAGCGAGACCAACUUCGAGGAGGACGAUCCCAUGGAGCAGGACCAGCUGCAACUGCGUGAUAUCAAGGUCAACAUACCCGAACCCAUGUGGAAGGAGCGCAAAUGCCCGGCAUGCUCCAAACGUUUCAUGUUUGAGGAGUCACAGCAGUCGCAUCUGGACAACUGCGUUGAGUACCAGUUCGUCACUUUUGUGGCCGAGGUGACCAAACUGCUGGAGAUUAGACGGCAGAAGAUGGUUUCGCCACACGAGUUCAUCCGCCGCAUAAUAUUUGCCCUGCACAAAACCUGCACCUGGCUGCAGGAACAUUCCAUAGACUCGCUUCUGGCCGAGAAGCUUAAUCAGGUUAAGGUUUCCAAUGGCGAGAAGUCGGCCGAAGUGACAAUUCCCUCUGAGAUUCCCGAUCCCCAUCCGGUGGAGGAAACGCCGUUUGCCUUGUUCGACUUUGUUAGCGGCACCACGACUCCUAUCACUGAGGAGAAUAAUGUGCUGUAUGCCAUUGCCCGCUCAGAGAGUCGCAAUUCGCAGUGCACUCCCACGGUGAAGAAACCCAUUCCGAUUCGCGGAAAGGCCACGAGCUCAUCACUGGGCCUGGGAUUCGGCCCGGACAAGCACAAGGAGCGGGCUACGUUCCUGGAGAAACUGCAACGGGCUGUAGUCUCUCCCGGCACGGUCACAGCCCAGGGACAAGCCCCCAUAUUCUCAGCUCGUUGCGGGCUCUGCAAUUUAGUAUUUGACUCGGUCUCCGACCUGGAGGUCCACAAUCACAAUGCCCACAGGGGCACCGAACUGAAUGCUGACGACGAAGCCAACCGUCGUCACAUAAUUGCCCUUUUCGAAGAUGACAUCUAAGUUUUCCAAAGACCUGUUUUGAUGCAUUGUGGCUGCAUAUAUGUAUGUUAUUUAACCUAUUUGUCUAACCAGCCACUUUGUGUCUCAGUUUUCGUCAAAUUAUGUUUAUUUAUUAUUUUAUUUUUAUUUAUUUUAUUUUGUUUACUCAAGCUUAGCCUUAAUCCAUGUUCUUUCGAUUUUACAAGUACUCAAAGCCCAUGGCUUGAUUUUUAUAUGUACACUCAAACCAAUAAAGAGAUUCGCAGGACUUAUCCUUAA